GAGCUGAACGGAAAUCGGAAAACUCUCGCUACUGCUGCUGCAACGUUUGCUCUCAUCGUCAAUUUCUUAGCCAUUUAUUUACAGUAUUUAUAUAUCGCUUUUCAGCAGGAAUACUCUCAGAGCGGCUCACGAGGAAUUCAAGGAGAUAAUAUCCGGGGCAAAGUCUGGAUCCAGUGAAAAUUAUCACCAUCACCUUCUCUCAGGCUCAUCUAUCCUCAGCAAGGACAAAGCUGUUUCACGCUCAGCAGUCACAGCUUGAAUGUAGCUUCAAAAGGCGUUCCUCUUUCUGGAGCUGAAACUCAAGAGCAGAAUGGUUGGCUUGAAGCCCACGGAUAUUCCCCCAUCAGCAACCAUCAAAUUUCUCAGCGCUGGGACGGCAGCGUGCGUGGCCGACCUCUGCACCUUCCCCUUGGACACGGCGAAAGUCAGGCUCCAGAUUCAAGGGGAAUCAAAAGCGUCCAGGGCAGCGAAGAAUGUCACGUACAAGGGGGUCUUUGGGACCAUAACGACCAUGGUGAAGAUGGAAGGACCCAAGAGCCUCUACAACGGCCUCGUGGCCGGCCUCCAGCGCCAAAUGAGCUUCGCCUCCAUCCGCAUCGGGCUGUACGACUCGGUGAAGCAGUUCUACACUCCCAAAGGGUCAGACAAUGCCAGCAUCCUCACCCGGUUGCUUGCUGGCUGUACCACCGGAGCUAUGGCUGUAACUUGCGCCCAGCCUACUGAUGUGGUUAAAGUGCGCUUCCAAGCACACAUCAGGGUGGUAGGUGGACCCAAGAAGUACAACGGUACCGUAGACGCCUACCGAACCAUUGCUAGGGAAGAAGGAGUCAGAGGCCUCUGGAAAGGAACUUUGCCCAACAUCACCCGCAACGCCAUCGUGAACUGCGGCGAGAUGGUGACCUAUGACCUCAUCAAGGAAGCGCUGCUGAAAUAUCAACUUAUGACAGACAAUUUCCCUUGCCAUUUCGUCGCCGCCUUUGGAGCUGGUUUCUGCGCGACGGUGGUGGCAUCGCCUGUGGACGUGGUCAAAACGAGAUACAUGAACUCCAGGCCAGAACAGUACAAGAACGCCCUGAAUUGCACGCUGACCAUGGUGCUGAAGGAGGGACCCACCGCUUUUUACAAAGGUUUCAUUCCUUCGUUCCUGCGGCUGGGAUCGUGGAACGUGGUGAUGUUUGUGUCUUUUGAGCAGCUGAAAAGAAUGAUGGUGCUGGCCCAGGUAGCCUGGGAAUCCCCGUUCUGAAACUGCACCUUGCCUCCGGGACGGGAAGGUGGAUCACACCAGGGACUCCCCGAGAGAAACACAGAGGAGGAAAACGCAAGAAGCAACUUGGGAGGGGAUGUUUUUACGAACCUUUGUUGUCGUGGCGGCAAGAUGCAAAUAUCAAUUAUAUUAAUUGCUUCGAUAUGGGUUAGAUAUGGCCCCAACGAUGCAUAAUACUUAAGCUAAGAAAAAGGAGGCUUUAAAAAGGCACCAGUGAGGCCCGUCUGCCAAAACAACUGAAAAAACAAACCAAUGGGGGAUUACAGUUGGACUCCGAUACCCACUUACUCCGAAGGUUCAUCCAGAUUUGGAAAGGAUAUCGCAUGGAUAGGUCAAUAGAUUCUAAACGAUGGAGAUGACAUCCACAAAUCAAAGAGCCUGCUCAAAACCAACCUGCUGAAAUCCUGCUAGCAAAUGAACUCACAC